AUGGCAUCACAACCUAGAGUGAUAUUAUCACCUGAAAGUUUGGCAUUUGUCUACCAAUUCCUUCCAGAUGAUAAAACUCGUUCCAAUUUUGAGAAAACUUGCUUGAAAUUUAGAAAUGUUUGUUUGGAAGAGGAAGUUUUAGAUUUGCAACGAAUUAUGGAAUUGGAAAAUCGAUAUUUACAAAGUCCGUGGAGUGAGGAAGGCGUUCCGGAGGAGGUGAUUGAAAUGGUGGAGUGUAAAAUUGGAUACAAACUUCCUUUCCACUUGAGGGAAUUUAUUAAAAUUACAAAUGGAAGAAGAAUUAAUUUACAAGAGGAAAUGGAUGAAAAUUCGAAAGAUUUGAUGGGAAGUCAUUGGAGUUGGUUGAAUGCUUUUCAAGAUUGGCGGUUUCAUUCACCACAAAAGGUUCAAAUUGGGUUUAUUGACAGUUCUACUAGAACAAUGACAGGUGGCAGUGGCCUUUUUAUUGAUUUAAAGAGUGGAAUGCUUAGUGAUGGAUUGAAGAGUCUUCGAAUGAAUUUCAAACAGUGGAUGCAAUCGUCCUGUUCAGGAAAGCAAGUAAAUCUCUUCAAUGUACAGAAAGUUUUAAGCAAUGAGAAAGAUUUGAGAACAUUGUUGAAACAGUAUGGAUAUCUCUAUGAAUAUUUAACAGAAUCUCAAAAGAAUGAUAAGAAAUUAAUCAAUUUAGCAAUUCAGAGUUAUCCAAUAUUACAAUUUGCUCCAAAUUCGAUAAGAAAUGAAAAAUCUAUUGUGCAGUUAGCUAUCAAAUAUCAUACAGAGAAUUAUACACACAUUUCGGACCCUCUUAAAAAGGAUAAGGAUAUUCUCAAGCAAUUCAUUGAAAGAGGAUCUCUUUCCAGUAUUCCAAGUGAAUUGAUCAAUAAUGAUUUAAUUUUGGAAAGCUUGAAGAAUGGCUCAAUUGUGGAUGAGAAUAUUUUGAGAAAAUCAACAACAAGUGAUGAAUUCUUAAUCAAACUCAUUGGAAUUGUUAAACCUUCAUCGAAUCCAGCUGUGGGAAAUUUCCUGACACAACUCUCAAAGGAAUCCAAGUUAUCAGAGAAGGUUUUGAAACAAAUUAUCGAAUCAGAUCCAGCAUCCAUGUCAAUAAUCGGAUUGGGAGAUAAGAUUCAAAUGAAUAAGAAAGUUGCCUUGAAAAUAUUCGAAUCUACAUUGUACGAUAAUUCACACUCAAUCAUGUUAUUCACCAACUUGCCAAAAGAUUUACAAUCUGAUAAGGAAAUUGCAGAGAAAGCUGUAUUAUCAAAUUUUGAUAUUUACCCAACACUGGACGAAACAUUGAAAAAGGACAGACCAUUCAAUUUACAACUUUUAACCAAUUGGUUGAAACAUUCGAAUAGCUAUUCCAAUACUUUCUCACAAUUGAAACCUCUCUACGAUUUCUGGGGUCAAGACGAAACAUUUCUCCGUCUUGCCUUCAAUACUUCUCCAGAAUUCGUCAUUGAUUUUCCAAAAUUACUGGCGGAAUCAUUUAUCAAUUCAUUACAAUGUCAUUUUGGAAAAUUAUCAUUUGGCGAAAUAUUGAAAAUUGAAUCUCCGUAUGAAGCUUAUCGAUUGGCAGUGAGAAGAAACAAAUCUCAUCCUGCUCAUGAUCUUGUGGAGGCGAAGGAUACUUUGAAGGAUAUUCGAAUGGCGUUGCCGAAAGAGGAUGAUCCAGAAACUUUAGCUGAUAUUCGUCAAUCGUUGUUAUCAAGUGUUUGGUAUGAUUAUUGGUAG